CGCAAAGAGCUGGCGCUGUGGCAACCAGGGCACGCGCGCGCCUGAGGGCCGGCCGGCGCUGAGGGGCGGGAGCCGGGGGCUCGUGUUCAGUAAGAAUUAAACCAGGUUAAGACAAUUCAACAGAUGAGCACACAUUAGUGCUGAUGAUGCACGAUUCCAGCCUCUUUCGCAGCUUUCUGACAGUGUAUAUCUGCUAAAAGAGCUCCUUGGGGACACAGGGAACUGUUUAAAGUCAGUAGGUGGCUUUAUGGUACAUUAUCUGCCCAGUCACCAAGUACAGCCAUUUUGCAGUAAUUUUAGGGAUAGGGAGAAUCUUUCUCAAGAAGAUUUAGGAUGGCACAGCCUCGUAUCUCAGCCUACCCGCCCCCUGAUAUAGACCCCACCAAAGCUGCUCUGGCCUUUGGGAGGAGGGCCCUUCCUAAACUCAAUGAGGAGUUGCAGUCUCCCGAGCUGCUGACGCAGCAGCGGGCGCUGAUGGCUCUCUGCGACCUGGUCCAUGAUCCAGAAAAAGUCUACCAGGCAAUCGCAUUAGGAUUCUUGGAUAGCCUGAAGACUUUGCUGGUGCAUCAAGACCAAACUGUCCGGCAAAAAACAACAGAAGUUCUCUCUGUAAUGGCUUUGCAUAGUAUUGGCAGGGAAGGGCUAAUACGAAGUGGAGUCAUUUCUGCCCUUGCUGGGCUCCUGGAUGAUCCAGUAGAUAUCUGUCGGAAGAACACCCAUCAGAUUUUUGACAGGCUGGCAAAAUUACCUCAAGGGGCUGGUGGUGUCCUGCAGGCCGCUUUGAUUCCCCCACUGGUCCUGAAGUUGAAGACAGAGUUGGAUGAGAUCCAGGAGCUGAUCCUUGAUACACUCUCCAACUGUCUCCGUGUGGAGAUUUCUGAAGCCUUGGCAGCUGGUGUGGUUACUGUGCUGAAGGAAAAGCUCUCACACCCCUCCACAGCCAUCAGGAGCAAAGCAGCCUGGGUCCUCUUGGAAAUCAGUUCUCAUGCUGAGGGGAAAACUGCGGUGUGCAAAGAAGGGGUGAUUCCUGUGCUGGUGAGCCUGCUGCAAGACACACAGCCCGAAGUUCAAGCUGGCACAGCAGGAGCGCUGAUGUUUGCAAUUAUUACACCUCACGGGAGAUCCUCAGCCAUGGGUGCUGAAGCCAUUCCACCUUUACUGACGCUGGUUGCUGAGGAAACCAGCAAAGCGCGUUUGAAUGCAAUCAAAACCCUCACCCUGCUGGCUGAGCUGCCGGAGGGCCGCAAGACACUGCUGGAUCACAGGGACACAUUUCAGCAGUGUCUGGAUGAUCCCAGCGAGGCCGUGCAGAGAGCUGCCGAAAUCGCCAUCACCGUGAUCGACUGGAAACCCUUCUGCAGCCGCGAUCUUUUCUAGAGAUCUAUUGCCCUCUGUUGUUGUCUGGCUGUAAAAGGUACACGAUUACAGGAGACCUGCAACACCAGAACUCUCUUCCUCACUUACUCUGGAUCAGUUCCUCCUGAAAAGUCAUUUGGCAACAGUUUCACAUCUAUAUUGCAUGUCACAAGCAGAAAAAUGGAGAAGUUAGGAAGUGUGGAGUUCUCCAUUAGGAGUUAUUGUCCAAGUUACCAAGAUUUUCCUAUGAUACAAGACACCAACCCUUUUUGUCUUCUUCAUAAUGGUCUAUCCUUUUUUUUUUUUAAACCUCAGCCUAUCAAACACUAAUCAGUAAUUAAUUUUUACAAAGGUUUACAAUUAACCCC